GGAGUGAGACGGUUCACACCGUGCGACCCCACGUUGCGUAGCCCAGCCCAAAACAUCGCGGGGGGGGGGGGGGCGCAGCUCGCCGACGCGGUUUGUUCUCUUUGAGAAUCCCAUUCUCUACUACGUACGAUUCGUACGACAGACUUUAGUGUCCCGCCAAUACUUUCCGCCAGAAUUGCUGGUUUCUGAACCUUCACUGAAGACACUGUUUCGUUUCCGCUCUCAACGUUGCGCGUGACGCGUCCAGCCAAGAUGUCGGUCCUCGGCUCGCAUCUCGACCAAAUGUCUGUUUGCUGCCAGGGCAUCGACAGUCUCCCGUUCCCACCCCCCAAGAUCUUCACCGCCGCUCUACUCUCCUCACACGACAUCACUUCCCUCAUCCGCGACACAGAGUCCCACGAACGAGCACUCUUCUCGGUGCCACCUCCACCUCCGCCGCCCACAAGCCUUCCCAAAGCCAAGACAGACGAUGAACCUAGUAGCAAGCGUCGUCGUACGGUGUUCAAUGUGGCGCAGGGCGAAGUCACCACCGGACCCCCCAAUGCGAACAGGAGGAAGCACACCGCCGUGGCCGCCGUCCUGGGUGGUGAAAUGACAGAGAGCCUGCAACGGGGCAAGAGCGAGGUCGAUGUGGAGGUUCUCCUCAAAGGUGCUGAGAAGCUAUGCAGCGUCUACGAAAUGCCUGGCGCGCGAGACCGCAUUAACGAGCUGCGCGGACGGUACAGAGCUGGCAAGGGCACACUGGGCUACUACGAGGGCAGGGUAGCAGAACAGGCAGCGCAGCUGGCAGAGUACAAACAUGACUGGAUGGAUGACGACGAAGAAGAAGAACAAGGGGCUGAUAAUGAUGUGUGGACCGAGGACGAUCUGCGACGAGAGGAAGAAGAAGCGCGGGAGCUGGAGGGCAAGAAAAGGGAGCUGCAACGGCGACUGAAAACCAUGGAGAAGGAUCUCGGCGGUUUAAUGAGCAUUUGAAGAAAAAAAAUG